AUGGCUGCCUUGGUAGUGAAACGAUCGGUGCGAUCACUCUGCCGGAUGUACGUCCUUUCGUCCCCGUCGGCGACAACGCAUGUUUCUCAGCAAGCACAAACGUGUGCCUACUCCUCCUCCACGAAGCAUCCGUUCCAGGGCAAUGGAGAGGGCAGUAGCCCAACAGGUCAUCUGACCAUGACCAGCAGCAGCAAGCAGAUGUCAACGGCCGACAUCAAGAAGAUCCCGGAUGCGGAGGUACGCAAAUCCGUCUUCAUCUCGCAAUCGAACGAUGUGUUCACGAACCUCGCGCUGGAGGAUUGGAUCUAUCGGAACUUUGACCUGACCAACCAUCACAUACUGAUGCUGUGGAUUAACAAACCGUCGGUGGUGAUCGGCCGGCACCAGAAUCCAUUCUCCGAGACGAACGUUUCAGCGCUGGAGCGUAAUGGGAUCGAGCUGGCUCGACGUAACAGUGGCGGUGGGGCCGUCUAUCACGAUCUCGGUAACCUGAACUGUACCUUCUUUAUGCCGCGGGCCCGGUACGAUCGAAAGUACAACCUAACACUGCUGACACGCGCCCUUUAUCGGGAGUACGGCAUCAACGCGGAACUUUCCGCACGGGACGACAUUGUGCUGUUGGGCAAGAAGAUAUCGGGAACAGCAGCUAAACUAGGCCAACCGAACGCUUAUCAUCACUGUACACUGCUUGUAAACUCAAACAAGCUUCACCUGGGUGCAUCCCUUGCGAAAGAUAACGUUGAAAUAACAAGCAAGGCUACCGCUUCCAUUCCUUCGCCGAUCAAGAAUCUUGUUGACGUAAACCGAACCGUAAACAUCCAGCAACUUCUGUCGGCCGUUGGCUAUGAAUUUCUUCGCACACCCGCCACCCAACUGACCGAUGGUGGUCGCGAGCUGUUGAUGAAGCAGCGCGGCUUCCAGCUAAUCAAUCCAACGGACAAAUGGUUCCCUGGCAUUACCGAGCUUCGCGAAAACUUUGCCUCCUGGGAGUGGCGGUUUGGCAAGACGCCCAACUUUUCCGUACAGAAAACGAUCCAGCUCAAAUCGGCCGGAGCGCAUCAGCAUGAGAUGAAGGUGAAAGUGGACGUUGAAAAGGCACUUAUCAAAGAAAUUAGUCUCGUCCUGCCCAACCACGAGCCGAUUCCGGUUGUGUCGGAUAUGGUGGGCCGCAUGUAUAACGAGGAUUGUUUCCAUGGUAUCGCGGAAGCACUGCGGGGUGCAAACACCGAGAAUAUGCAGCAGGCGAUGGGAUUAUGA